GAUUAGUUGUCAUUUGUCAAUAGGACAGACUAGAUGUCGAACGUCGUAUUUCAGUGCGAGAUUAAAAUUUGUAUUGUGUUGUGCAAUAAAUAAGAUUAAUAAUUCGAAUUUAAAACCAGUUUAAACAAAAAGGUCAAAAUAAUAUCCUACAUAAUGUUAAAUUCUAUUUUUCGUGGCCUUUUGGGCACGGAGGAGGCUCCAACAAAAGUGAUAGAGGUGCGGUCAGAUAACUACAUUUCAAGGCCGAUCCAUUACCGUGAAGAUUCGAUCCUAUUGUAUGGGCCAAAAUCUCCAAAUGAUGGCAAGAACACGAAGGACAAAUACUUCGAAAUAGUACUCCAUAAACCUUUUACUGAGAGCUUACAUCAGAUGUACAGUUUAUGUCGAGCUAAAACAUUAGAGGAGGCUGAAGAGAAAUUCAUAGUUUAUAAAGAAAGAAUACCAAUAUUUAUUAAGAUCACUAAAGAAUGCACAGUAGCAAUUCUUCAGAAACUAUGCGACACAUUAUCUCAACACCAAUCAUGGACCAUUGCCCACAUGAUGGCACACUUUGGUCUGAGCGAGCAGUUCAACGACCCUGAAGUUCAGAAACAUUUAGACGAUAUUGAUCCUUUGACUGGAGCUACACCUUUGAUGGUGGCUGUAAAAUCAUGCAAUGUGCGCAUGGUCCAAAGUCUAGUCUCGCUGCACUGUUCCCUAGAUGUGAUCGACCUUGAAGGCAACACGGUGUUCCACUACGCAGCUGCUAGCAACAAAGAAAUUAUUAACGCCUUAGCCAGCAAAAGUCCAUCAUCAUUAAACGUGUACAAUAAGCAGGGCUACACGCCGCUACACACAGCGUGUUUAGCGGACGCACCAGAUUGCGUACGCGCCCUCAUGUUAGCGGGCGCAGACGUCAAUCUAACCGCAGCUAAGAGAUCUACUGGUCUUCUACCAGUUUGUUUCGAAGGCAACUUGUCAGCUGUAAGGAAAUCUACGACCUUAUUUUCAGGUAUCGUCGGUGAUCUCCUUCAAGACAAUCAACCCAAAUUAUACCAACAAGACAUGAAACAUGGAGGCACACCGCUUCACUGGGCAAUCUCCCGCGAAGUGGUUGUAGCUCUGGUGGACAAAAACUGUGAUAUAAACGCUCUCAACUUCGAUGGGAGAACAGCUCUUCAUAUUAUGGUGUUACGAGGCCGUUUAGAAUGUGCCAUGGCCCUAUUGUCAAGAGGAGCUGAACAUUCCAUAGGCGAUAAUGAAGGGAAUACUCCAUUACAUCUAGCAGUCAAACAACCGAAUAUAGCAAUAGUCCAAGCUUUGAUCGUGUUUGGAGCCAAUUUGGAAGCGAAGAACAAUAUGGGGAAUACGCCAAGACAUACCUUGCCUACUGAACUGUCGAACAGUAACUAUGAUAAAAUAUUGUAUGUCUUGCAUGCGGUUGGUGCUAAGAGGUGUGCCCCAGAAAUAUCAGGCUGUAGAUCAAGUUGUUCAGCACGUGGUGACUAUAACGGUGUUCCACCUCCUCCAGUAGCCAGGAGUUCCACGCGAGACCUGGUCAGCCAAAUGUUGUCCGUAGCUGCUAUGGAGAGAGCUGCUUGUUAUGAUACCAGCCAGAAACAGGGACGAUUACUCUGCCUAGACGGUGGCGGUAUUCGAGGCCUAGUCUUAGUCCAGGUACUCCUCAGUCUUGAAGAAGCUGUUGGCAGACCUAUCGUGGAAUGCUUCGACUGGGUGGCUGGUACCAGCACUGGAGGUAUACUGGCUUUGGGCCUGGCCAGCGGGAAGUCUUUAAGGGAAUGCCAGAGAGUCUAUUUUAGAUUGAAAGAGUGUGCUUUUAUUGGCAUGAGGCCCUAUCCUUCGGAGGCUUUGGAGACUAUUCUAAAGGAUUGUUUGGGCACAGAAACAGUAAUGUCGGACAUACAACAUCCAAAGCUGAUGAUAUUGGCCCUGCUGGCUGAUCGGAAACCUGUAGACCUCCACCUGUUCAGGAACUACAAGUCUGCACAGGAGAUCCUUGAUGAGCAUAAUGGAACUACUAGUCCUCGCGCUGAGGCGGGGGACCAAGCAUCAGUGGUGUCGCUAGCCCAGCCCCCGCCCCCGUCCGAGCAGCUGGUGUGGCAGGCGGCCCGGGCCACUGGAGCCGCGCCCUCAUACUUCAGGGCUUCGGGCAGAUACCUAGACGGCGGUUUGAUGGGCAACAAUCCGACAUUAGACGUGCUGACAGAGCUGACGGAAUUGAACCUGGCAUUGCGAGCUACAGGGCAACACGAAGAAGCUAAGAAAACCAACCUUAAAGUAGUCGUGUCGUGUGGUACAGGUUUAAUCCCCGUAUCGAAGUUAAAAGAUAUAGACGUGUUCAAGCCGGAGAGUUUGUGGGACACAGCGAGGCUCGCGUGGGGACUGUCGGCUAUCGGCGGUCUUCUUGUCGACCAGGCGACACAAUCAGACGGUCGCGUAGUAGACCGAGCGCGAGCGUGGUGUAGUGCAGUGGGAGUGCCCUACUACCGGUUCUCGCCGCAAAUGUCGAAGGACGUCGCCAUGGAUGAGAAGAACGAUGAAACGUUAGUCACGAUGCUGUGGGAAGCGCAAAUGUACAUGUAUUCGCAUCGAGAUCGAGUCGCCGAGUUAGCUGCGUUGCUUAACGACACUGAUCAUGUACCAAUGAAAGUAAAUUGAUCUGCAACAUCACAUUAACGUAAGAAGCUGAUGUACGUGAGUACGUGUAACAUAGCUUUAGUCAUUAACACGCAUAAUAUGAAUAUAUAAUAGCUAAUUAUAAUUAUAUAAUUUUGACAAUUCUGACUUUCUACAUAAAUUGGCAGGGUUUAGUUAAGCAAACUUUAUUAGUUGUAUUUAUUAUUUAUAUAUAAGACUUUUUUUUUGCUCUGACAACUAUAAAAAGUCCGUUAAUAUCACACUUCAUACUUAUGUUAUAAAUAUGAAAGCUUGUUUGUUUGUUUGGAUGUUUGCCCGUCAAUUAUGCUGAAACUACUGAACGGAUUUUAAUGAAAUUUGGUAUAAAGACAGGAUAUGAGCUGACUUGGGUGAUAUGAUAUGACUUUUUACCCGACUGCGCCAGAAGGAGGGUUACUUUUUAUCUUAUGGGAACGCGGGCAAAGCCGCAUAACAGGAGCUAGUAUUAGAUAUUUUUUUAUUGACAUUCCUAGUAGCAAUACGAGGUAUAUAAUUUAUUGUCUUAACUGUUGUUUCAUACGUAGUAUUAUUUUCUAUAUUUUUCAUUUUUAAGGGGGUUAUCGAAUAGUCGAUUCGAUGGCUUGUUAAGUAGAUAUAUACGGGUGCAAUAGAAAUUAAUAUGUGCAAUAUCAUUUUUCUGUCAUAAUAAUCUCUCAAUAAAUAUGUUUUCUGUUUGUUAUUUAUUUAUUUGUUAUGUUUCGAGCCUUUAUCGCCGAUAUGUCUUCUGAAUAAUGUAU